AUGGCUGAGGGUACUCGCUUUGCCAAAUUGGAGGAGGCCAUUUUGAAACUCACAGAUCUGCAUUUGUCUCAAGAUCAGAGGAUAGCAGAUCAGCAACGAAGAUUAGAGGAAUUGGCCACUCAUCAGCAACUUGCUUUUCAAGAUCUGACGCUGAAGCUUACGGCGAUGGAUGCUCAAUUGGAGCAAGGAACAAGAAAUCCAGGGCGGCACAAGAGGGAAUUCAACAAUGGAGGCCUGGGAGGGAAUCGACAGGUCGUCCAAGCUUGGGAGAAGCAAUUGAAGAUCACUUUUCCAAGAUUUGAUGGUGCUAAUCCGGUGGAUUGGAAAUUUAAGGCUGAAAGUUACAUGUGUUUAAAUAGUGUUCCUGAUGAUCGCAAAGUAGAACUUGCUUCUUUUCAUUUAGAUGGUUCAGCUUUGCAUUGGUUCCAUUGGUUGUUGAGAAACAAAUCGUGUGAUUCUUGGGAAGUUUUUUCUCAAGAACUUAUGAUUCAAUUUGGUCCCUCUGAAUUUGACGAUCCCUUGGCUGCAAUUGCUAAGUUGACACAGACUACAAGUGUCUCUGAGUAUCAGGGUCGGUUUGAAGCCUUGUAUGCCCAAAUUGAUGGACUACCAGAAUGUUUUUUUGUGAGUGUGUUUAUCUCGGGCUUGAAGACUAAAAUCAGAACUGAGGUUGUGGUGGCUAGACCACAAUCAUUGCAGCAAGCUAUAGCCUUAGCAAAAGUUCAUGAGGCUAAGGUGCUUGAGUUACGAAAGUUAACUAGGAAAGGAGGGGGAAAUUGGAAGGGUGGAGCUGAACUACAAGCUAAGAGGGAUAAAGGGCUGUGCUAUAAUUGUGAAGAGAAAUUUUCACCUGGGCAUAGAUGCAAGGUGAAACAGCUCUUGAUGUUAACAUCUAAUGAUGAUGGGGAGGAGGAUAGUGAUGCAAGUGAGAGGGACGAACAACGGUCUGAGGUUGUGCCUACGGCUGGAGAGUGUAGUAGAAGUACCCCAAAGAUUUCGUAUAAUGCUUUGGAGGGAGCUGUAUCGGCCAAGACACUUUGGGUCAAGGGCAGGGUGGUUGGAAAGGAGGUCAUGGUGUUAAUUGAUGGAGGUAGCACCACUAAUUUCAUUCAAGAAAGAGUAGCUAGGUACUUGAAAGUGGCGGUAUACUAUAUUGAGCCAUUUCCUGUGAUGUUAGGAAAUGGGGAUUUGCUAAUGUGUUCAGGUGUUUGCAAAAAGGUCCUGCUCAAAUUGCAACACCAUAAGUUUGAGUUGGAUUUAUAUGUUUUACCCAUUAAAGGGGCUGAGGUAGUAUUGGGGGUGGAUUGGCUAGAAACAUUAGGGCCAAUUGUUAGUGAUUACAGGAAUUUGACUAUGGAGUUCCAAUGGGGGAACCAACAAGUUCACUUGCAAGGCGAAGUGAUGUUGGAAAAGGCACCUGCGCAGUUUAAUUGUUUAAGAAGAUUGGUGCAGGCAGAAGCUAUAGAUUGGUGGUGUCAAUUGCAACAAGUUGAGGAUUGGAUGCUCACCGAGAAUCCCAACACUGUCAAUACUGAGAUAGAAGAAGUGUUACGGCAGUUUGAGGAUGUGUUUGCUGAGCCCACAACUUUACCUCCUAAUCGGUUGCAUGAUCACUCCAUACACUUGGUGCCAGGGUCAAGGCUUGUUAAUGUUAGACCAGCUUUAAACUCCAUCACAAUACCCGACAGAUUUCCUAUACCCACUAUUGAUGAGCUGUUAGAUGAGUUACAUGGAGCCACCUAUUUUUCUAAGUUGGAUUUGCGUUCUGGUUAUCACCCUAUUGCCUUCUCUAGCAAGAAGUUGACUUCGCAGAUGCAAAAGGCUGCUACUUAUGCCAGGGAAAUGUAUGCCAUCACUGAAUCCAUUGUGUACAAGCCGGGGAGGGAAAACCUGGUAGCUGAUGCUUUGUCCAGACAGCCUGAGGUUGAAUCAAUAUCUUUCAUGAGUUUUUCUGCACCUUUCUUUCAUGUGUUGGAUCAAUUGAAGGUGAUUCAUCCUUCUCACGCUUCUACAAGGUUGCUAUGGCAACAAGUGGUGGAAGGCAACGCUGUGGUGGUGGAUUAUUCUACUAGGAAUGGUUUGUUAUUAAUUCAAGGCAAGUUGGUGGUCCCUAAUGAUUAUACUAUUCAGUAA